CUUAGCAGUUGAUUGGUUCUCCCGCGCUCUUACCAUGGCGAAUGCGAAUUGCUCUUUCUUCUCUUUUUUCUGAUAGUAAGCUGGCAAGCCACGUCUCUUCCCUCCAACAAGUUUCCUGCAGAUUCUCUCUUCCACGCUCACUCAGCCUCAGGUGUUCAUCAGACGGAAAAGUUAACUGCUUGAAUCUGAGGAAGCUGAUAAUUCAAGCAGGACAAGAUGGACUACGUGUAUGGACCAGGAAGAAACCAUCUCUUUGUUCCAGGGCCCGUCAACAUCCCUGAACCGGUCAUUCGGGCGAUGAACCGCAACAAUGAGGACUACCGUUCUCCAGCAAUCCCAGCACUGACGAAAAAUCUGAUUGAGGAUGUGAAGAAGAUCUUUAAGACUACCACUGGAACUCCAUUUCUUAUUCCCACAACAGGUACUGGUGCAUGGGAGAGUGCACUGACAAACACAUUGUCUCCGGGAGAUCGGAUUGUAUCUUUUCUGAUUGGCCAAUUUAGUUUGCUUUGGAUUGAUCAGCAGCAACGUCUUAACUUCAAUGUUGAUGUCGUUGAAAGUGAAUGGGGACAAGGAGCCAACCUGGACAUUCUGGCAUCGAAACUUGCAUCAGAUAAUGCACACACCAUAAAGGCAAUUUGCAUUGUUCACAAUGAGACAGCAACUGGGGUCACUAAUAACCUGGCCAAAGUGAGAAAAAUUCUCGAUGAAUAUCAGCAUCCAGCCCUCCUCCUUGUCGAUGGAGUAUCUUCCAUUUGUGCCCUUGAUUUUCGUAUGGAUGAAUGGGGAAUCGAUGUAGCCCUAACUGGCUCUCAGAAGGCUCUUUCCCUCCCUACUGGGAUAGGCAUAGUAUGUGCAAGCCCUAAAGCCUUGGAGGCCUCAAAAACUGCAAGAUCAGUCAGAGUUUUCUUUGACUGGAGUGACUACUUGAAGUUCUACAAGUUGGGAACCUAUUGGCCUUACACUCCUUCCAUUCAGUUGUUGUAUGGUCUCAGAGCAGCCCUCGAUCUCAUUUUCGAGGAAGGACUCGAAAAUGUGAUUGCCAGACACCAUCGUUUAGGAGAAGCGACCAGACUUGCAGUUGAGGCGUGGGGUUUGAAGAACUGUACACAGAAGGAGGAGUGGUAUAGUGAUACUGUGACUGCUGUUCUUGUUCCUCCUUACAUAGAUAGUGCUGAAAUAGUGAGAAGGGCAUGGAAGAGAUACAACUUGAGCCUAGGCCUUGGCCUCAACAAAGUUGCUGGCAAGGUUUUCAGGAUAGGCCAUCUCGGCAACUUGAACGAGUUGCAACUAUUGGGAUGUCUUGCUGGAGUAGAGAUGGUAUUGAGAGAUGUGGGAUACGCUGUGAAGCUUGGAAGUGGUGUUGGUGUUGCGAGUGCUUACUUACAGAACAACACUCCUUUCAUCCCUUCCAGGAUUUGAUUUGAUUUGAUUCCAUUCUCCAGAUUCUCGCAUUCCUUCAAGUCCUUUCUUUUCUGGGAUUCUCUGUGAAAUUACAUUACAUAUACAAUCUCCUCUUCCCAAUCUUAUUCUCUACUUUAAUUAUUCAACGCAUUGCUUCUUUCACUUGUUUGUGUAUCAGAAUUUGGUGGGCAAUAAAAUAGAAACUCCCCCUUUGCUUCA